CCUUAAAAAACGAUACGGAGUACUUAAUUCCAUUUUUUCUUCUUUCACAAAAAAACUCCAUUUUUUCUAGACAUGGCCCACUGUUAAAUGGCGGGACGAUCAGGCUUCCCACUCAAUUUGGCUGGCUGCCGGAGACUCCACAGAAAUCCCAACGACGCAGAAAGGAUGGCAGCAUUCCCGGAAAACGAGCACCCAAACAGGGCUUUAGGCUGGGCUGCCAGAGACUCCUCAGGGAUUCUCUCUCUUUUCAAUUUCUCCCGCAGAGACAGUGGGCCUGAUGAUGUAACAAUCAAGAUACACUAUUGUGGUGUUUGUCACUCUGAUCUACACAGCGUGAAGAAUGAUUGGGGUUUCACAAAAUACCCAAUUGUGCCUGGGCAUGAAAUUGUAGGGAUUGUUACCCAGACAGGAAGUAAUGUUCAAAAGUUCAAAGGUGGUGACCGGGUUGGGGUUGGUGUGAUAGUGGGUUCCUGCCUGACAUGCCACAUAUGUGACAAAGAUUUGGAGAGUUACUGCCCCAAAAAGGUAUUCACCUACAACUCCAAGGAUCAAGAUGGCGGCAACACGUACGGUGGUUAUUCCGACAAGAUUGUUGUUCAUCAACACUUUGUGCUUCGCUUCCCAGAUAAGCUGCCUUCUCAUGCUGGUGCCCCUUUGUUAUGUGCCGGGAUCACCGUUUAUAGCCCAAUGAAAUACUACGGGAUGAUGGUAGAGCCAGGGAAGCAUCUUGGUGUGGCUGGACUUGGUGGGCUUGGUCAUAUUGCAGUGAAAUUGGGAAAGGCGUUUGGGUUGAAAGUGACUGUCAUCAGUACAUCCCCAAAGAAGGAAGAUGAGGCUAUUAACAAGCUUGGAGCUGAUUCCUUCCUUGUCAGUACUGACUCUGCCCAAUUACAGGCUGCUGCAGAUACAAUGGAUUUUAUUAUUGAUACUAUUGCUGCGGUUCACCCCUUAGCCCCGCUGCUCAAUUUGCUGAAAUUGGACGGUAAACUUGUGACAGUUGGCUUGCCUGAAAAACCUCUUGAAUUGCCAGUAUUCCCUUUAGUGGCAGGUAGGAAACUUAUAGGGGGGAGUGACUUCGGAGGCAUAAAAGAGACACAGGAAAUGUUGGAUUUUUGUGCAGAGCACAACAUAACUGCAGACGUUGAGGUGAUCCGAAUGGACUACAUCAACACCGCCAUGGAACGACUCGCUAAGUCUGAUGUCAAGUACCGUUUUGUCAUUGAUCUCACCAACUCCAUCCACUGUAAUUUGUGAAUGCUAUCGCAAAAUUCAUAUUUUAUCAUGUUUUGCAAUAUACAGUGAAUGGGAAAUUGAAAUGCAUUAUGACGCAACAAAAUAUGAACUGCGUGCUGCGGGUUUCAGUAAGCUCAAAGAGUAAGAAUAAUGUAUUCAUUACAACAAAAUCAAAUGCAUAAAAAGUCUCUUAUUU